AUGAUCGUUGUCGCGAUGCUGUUCGGCCUGGCGGCAGCAGUGCCUCUGCAGCCCGACAACGGAUACAAAAAUGUGGACGAACACGGGCCUUCAGUCUCCGUCGAUUCUCGCCAUUUUCCGCAGGUUUGCUCGGACUUCGUCUUCAGCCCGGGCUGCAUCAGGUUCUAUGUGCGGCGUGUAUUGCCGUUUUUGAAGAUAUGCCGAAAACUGCCCGGAUCCGACGAGGAGCCCAAAGCGAAAAACUCGACGGAAGACGUCCCACAAGCCGAAACCAUUGCUGACAAUCUACGAGCCGUUACGGACUGCAUUCACGCUCUACGCAAAGUCUUUGAGUUUAAACCUAAUUCUUCCCCUGCGCAAAACCAGGAUACAGAAGGGCGCAGUAAGAGAAGGCAUCACCACAUGAUGCACAUGGCAUUCAGUAUGGCAUUCUCUUUGAUGUCCCUCCUGGUCGGAAAGGCGAUGAGCUUGUCUGUCAUGGCACUUAUGGCUGCAUUGAUGAACAAAAACGACCACGGUGGUGGUGGCCACCAUCACAAAGAUUCCGUCACUUACGACAUCGUCCAACACCCUCAGGUGCAUUACGCCAAUACGCACUCCCUUGAACACGUGUACGAUGAAAGCAGCCAUCAUCCGGUUAUGUACGAACAGCCCAGGAUUAUCAGAAGGAUACACCAGAAAUUUUUUUCCAAAUAGAUUUUUCUUCUUGAAGCUGUUUCCUUUCUAGGAAAAUUGUUUUAGCAAAUGCUUUUUUUAUAAACUUAGGAAAUGCUGAUAGGAAGCACAACUUGAUAAAUCCACUUGCCUAUCCAAUCAUUAAGAAAACAAGCAAUUUGAGAUUGCACCA